UUAGCUUUUCGUAAUAUUCCCACACUACCCUAACAUUAACGAAAUAUCACAUUUCUUUACUAAUGCUUUACGUCAAGGUGUUUCUUCAAUUACCACAACUCAACCAAUCAGAGAGUUCGAUGACUGAAACCGGUGGCGUCAUUUAUUUAAACAGGAAGUCAUGCAUAUGUGGCGCGAAAUUCAAGCGUGUUGGCGUGGAUGGUCAUUUGUUUGCCCCAAGCAUGGCUACUUUAUUUGAUGGAAUCAGCCAGCAGCUAGAUUUUUCUAGCUGUGGAGAAGAGAGCAGCAGCAGCAGCAGCGGUGACAACUCUGAUGACAGCACCUCCAGAGUCUACAGUCCCACCUCUGCCUGCAGGACCCCCGGAGCACAACGUCACUUCAGUAGAAGCAACUCUUUAUGUUCCCCUCAGCACUGUACCAGCCCCAUACCUUACGCCUCCUGGAGGAAGCUGAGACUGUGUGACUCUCCCAGCACACCCAAGAGUUUGCUAUCAAAGGCCUCCCAGCCUUACUCCAGUCUUAAGAUAAGUCGUCCACAGCGAACUCUGCGUUUUGCAUCAGCUGCCGCAAACCUAAUCACAGCACCUCUCGUCAACGUGAAUCCUUUCACCCCAGACCCGGUGCGCAGGAACAGCGAGCAACCGUGGAGGAACAGUUGUAGAAGUGACGAUGAUGAUGACUUUGGCCGCAGGUUUAAACACAGCCUAACGUCAUCUGAAGAGGAUGAUGACGCCUUUCUCCCACCAAAGAGACGAGCUGUCCAAGCCUUUAUGCUGUCACGCUAUGAGAGCGAAUUCCUGGAGCUAGAGUGCAUUGGUGUGGGUGAGUUUGGUGCAGUUUAUAAGUGUGUGAAGAGGCUGGAUGGUUGCUUGUACGCCAUCAAGCGCUCCAGACGACCCCUGGCAGGCUCUGCCAAUGAGCAGCUGGCCCUAAAGGAAGUGUAUGCACAUGCUGUGCUUGGGCACCACCCACAUGUUGUCCGAUAUUACUCAGCAUGGGCUGAGGAUGAUCACAUGAUUAUUCAGAAUGAAUACUGUGACGGUGGAAGUCUUAAUGGCGCUAUUGUAAAGAGGGAGGCAAAGGGAGAGCUGUUCACAGAGGCAGAGUUGAAAGAUCUGCUUCUGCAAGUGUCUGUGGGUCUAAAAUACAUCCACGGCUCAGGCCUCGUUCACUUGGACAUCAAACCGAGUAAUAUAUUCAUUUGCCACCGCCCCAGCGCAAUUGUGACGGGUGAGAGUGAAGAGGAAGAAGAUGGAAACCCUUCAACCAGAAUCAUUUACAAAAUCGGUGAUCUGGGUCACGUGACAUCAGCCACCAGUCCUCAAGUUGAGGAGGGGGACAGCCGCUUUCUGGCCAGUGAAGUCCUGCAUGAGGAUUACAGUCACCUCCCCAAGGCGGACAUAUUUGCCCUGGGCCUCACGGUGCUGCUGGCUGCCGGGGCUUCUCCUCUGCCGCUAAAUGGAGAUCAGUGGCACAGUCUUAGAGAGGGGCGUCUCCCCAAGCUGCCACAGGAGCUCUCGUCUCCCUUUAGAUGUUUACUUCAGUUGUUGCUGGAACCAGACCCAACAAAGCGGCCAUCUGCUAGGGAGCUUUGCAAGCACACAGUCUUGAGGGAGAAGAGGACUGAGAGGCUGGCUGCUCAGCUGCGAAGAGAGUUGACUGUAGAGAGGUUCAGGACCGCCAUGCUUGAGAAAGAACUCCAGGAGGCCCGUCAGGCAGCUUUGUCACCCAAGCAGAACCACCUACAGGGGCACAGACCACCUGUCAAGAUGGGCUCCCUCCCCAAACCAGGGAGGAGGCUUGUUGGUAGAAAGACUGCAAGAUCCAUGAGCUUUGAUUGCCCAGGUUAUGAAGUCUGAGAUGACGUGAAGCCUAAUUUUCUGUUUUUUGCUGUGGUGUUUACUGUGACACUCUGCCAAGAAGUUGUGGUAAAGAAUGCAGCAGAAGGCAAUGUAGCGUGACUCCAGCAGCAACCGUAACAGAGACGAUCGCUACAUAAUCUUAUUUUACGUUGUGACUCAGACUUAAAGCAUUGGACAGAACUGUUUUAAUUAUAUUCUUGACUCAAACAUGUUCCAGGUGAUCAUUUUAACAUCUCAUAACAAGUGAAGACCAGUAUGCUUAACAAGUCAGGCACUUGGUGGUUGUUGUUGUUUUUUCUUUUAAAACCUGUAAAUAAACAUUUUAAG